GUUUAUGCUCCUCUCCUAAAACAGACCCGGCAAAAUGGACGAUAUAGCACUGCGAGCAUCUGAUCAUGUUUUAGAAGUGAUAUUCUCGUAUCUGGAUCUGCACACGUUGAGAAAUUGCUCGCUGGUGUGCAAACGAUGGUAUCGGUUUCUCAAUGACGAGAACAAUGAUGUGUGGCGGAUGCACUGUAUAAGAAAAUUGGCGCAGGAGGCACUCAGUUCCGAUUUGUUGUCGUCCGUUCCCACGUACAAAUCGAAGCUCCGUGCGUUUUAUCAUGCGUGGAAUCCGAACGACUGUUCGCGGAAUAUUUACAUAAAACCCAACGGAUUCACCCUGCACAGAAAUCCUGUAGCGCAAAGUACAGAUGCAUGUAGAGGCAAAAUAGGUUUCCGACAUGGACGUCAUGCUUGGGAAGUUAUCUGGGAAGGACCUUUAGGAACAGUAGCAGUAAUAGGAAUAGCCACUAAAGAAGCACCUCUGUUGUGUCAUGGAUAUGUAGCGUUACUUGGCUCUGAUGAACACUCCUGGGGCUGGAAUCUUGUUGAUAAUCACUUGUUGCAUAAUGGAGAUCCACAGGGAAAUUAUCCUUUACUCAACAAUGCUCCAAAGUAUCAGGUUGGAGAGAGAAUUAGAGUAAUUUUAGAUUGUGAUGAUAAUACAUUGUCUUUCGAGAAGAAUUAUGAAUUUCUGGGUGUAGCUUUCAGAGGGUUACCAGAUAAGAGAUUAUAUCCAUCAGUAUCAGCAGUUUAUGGAAACACAGAAGUGUCUAUGGUAUACUUAGGACCACCAUUGGAUGGCUAACACAUUACAUUUGAGAAAAACAUAUCCUCAAAAAGCUCACAAUUGAGGCUGUACAAUGCAUUCUUAAUGCCAAGUUUUCUGCACUAUAUUGACAUUGUCUACGUUUAAGUAGAACAGAGCACAUGACUACAAACUGUACAAUAUUCUUUACAGAGAAUGUGUGCCUGCUAGAUUACUUGGUCAAUAAUUGUAAAUAAUAGACAUUUUAUUUUAUUUAAACUGCAAAGUUUAUCAUCCAGUACAUACAAUGGCUUGGUUUGUUUGAGUAGUCAAAUUAAGUGAUUUUGAUUAUUGUAUGUGUGUAUGUAUCUACACA